CUCCAGGGAUCGGCGCGGUUUCCAUUUCCUCUCACUUUCUCCCAUGCUUUCUCCCCACCAUUCCUCCUUGCACUUUCGGGCGGCGAGGAAGCGCAAGAGAGGCACCGCUCGUGUGUGUUCGCAGUGAAUUCUAGUCUCACAUCAUAAAUGCUUAGAUUAAUAAGUCAUCACUAAGUACCAAGCAAACUCGGUCACAAGUAAACAUGAAGUACCUGUCGGAAGAAGAGCUCAAGGGCUUCGAAAACUACGAGUACACGUGCAAGGAUACCAGCCCGCUGAGCAACUACGUGAUGCACCCGUUCUGGGACCAAGCAGUCAAGCUCGUGCCGCGUGGGGUGGCCCCCAACGUGCUCACGAUGUCGGGGUUCGUGCUAACUCUGGUUAACGUGGGCCUGCUGUCCUACUACGACUUCGCCUUCUACGCGUCGAGCGACCUGCACCCCGAGGCCCCACCGGUGCCGCCGUGGGUGUGGCUGGUGUGCGCGGUGAACCAAUUCCUGGCGCACACGUUAGAUGGAAUAGAUGGAAAGCAUGCUCGCCGCACUGGAAGCAGUGGUCCACUGGGCGAACUCUUUGACCACGGCCUGGACAGCUGGGCCACCCUGUUCAUGCCAGUGUGCCUGUACUCGGUGUUUGGUCGAGCCGAGAUGAGCUGCAACACGUGGCGCUUCCUGCUUGUCCUGUGCAACAUUCAUUUCUGCUUCAUCCUCUCCCACUGGGAGAAAUACAACACGGGCAUCCUCUACUUGCCCUGGGGUUACGACAUUUCCCAGAUGAUUCUUCUUGGAAGCUUUGUGCUGACCUACCUGUAUUCGUACCGGCUGUGGAAGUUCACCAUCCUUGGAUGGGGUGCUGGCGAAUGCCUCGAACUGACACUACACGCUGGCUCUUUCUUUAUGACGAUACCCAUGUGUCUGUACAACAUUCAUCGUGCCUGGCAAGACGGGCGCCUGCGACAGCCCAGUCUUUGGGAGGCAGUGCGGCCUCUGCUCUCUGGUGUGGUGCUGUUUGUGCUUGCCAUGAGCUGGGCAGCCGCAUCUCCAAACGACGUGCUGAGUCAUCAGCCACGUCUCUUCUACUUUCUGCUGGGCACCCUUUUUUCCAACAUAUCGUGCCGUCUCAUCAUCAGCCAGAUGACGUCAACGCGGUGCGAAACGUUGAACCUGCUGCUUCUCCCCGUGGCACUUGGCGUGGCCGCUGCCUGUGGUUGCAGGCCUGAUGAGACCCUUGUGCUCUGCUUGCUGGCCUCCUUGGUGGCUCUUGCACAUGUCCACUACGGUGUCUGUGUGGUUCAGCAAAUGUGCCAUCACUUCCACAUCCACUGCUUCUCCCUGAAGAGGCCACCCGUGGAGUAGGCUGACGCAGGUGCUGUACAGAGAUUACAAAAGACAGAAAAGGACUGCUUUUCAUGGACCCCACCGAUGCCCUGUGUGGGGGGAGGGGGGUACAGUGCUAGCAUGGACAACAGGUGUAUGUUUUUGUGUGAGAGUGUGCGUGCCAUCAUGGGAGGGGCCAGAGUGGCAGCGUUGCAAGGUGCUCACGACAAGGCCAGGCUGCUGCAGAAGUGCGGGAUGCAGCUGUAAACAGUGCGGGCAGGACCAAGCUUGAGCAUGAGGUUGCUUCCGAGGUCUGUCUGACUGAGCUGCAGGAGGGCAUAGCCAUCUAUUUCCUGCAUCGCAGCAAAGAAAAACCACGUGCUGUGUUCACACAAGCGAGCUACCAUUGAUGACAGCAUACAACACGACUUUUGUGGAUAGAAGGGGGCAGGGUAGUCACAGAGAUCAUGAAGUCUCUUGUCACUGCACUGUCUACGUAGUCUGUAAACGAAGGUAGCCAGCUGGCUUCCUUCUCUCUGCAGCCAGCAUCAGUUAGUGAGGGUCUGUGGAAAUGAAAGGACUGAAACGCUCUCCAAAGAUGCCGUAACUGGCAGUUACCAAUGAAGCAAGUUUCUGUGUGAAAAUUGUGUAAUGUAUUCGUCUUGUAUCAUCCAACUGUGCGAGGACAGGGAAAAGCUUGCAUCUCACACACCGCACUGCUAUUCUAGUGAAAAUAUGGUGCUGCAUAUGACGCAUGAGCACGUCUUCCAAAGAUACAGGCCUAUCCCUCCCCUAUCACAUUUAGAUGCAUGUCUAGAACAGCACGAGACUUGUCUCUGCCCCUUUCUAGCCACAUACAGUCUCGGCACCUCACGCAAGCCUGAAUGUGCGGCACUGCUUCCCAGCAAACACCGUGACAGUGAUCCACGAAGUCGUACGUCUCGUGCCAUUGCUUUCUGCUGCACGCUUUGCACAGCUGGAGCAUAUGACUGGCAACAUCCCAGCGUGAUAUAAGCAGCCAUGCUUGUACCUGUCACAGGGUUACCAAGCGCUCAUCUAACACAGCCAAAAAUAAAGCCUUAUCACAGAGUCAUCUUCUAGUU